AUGAAAAUGCAUAACAGCGAGUUUCUGGCGCAAGUGCCCCGCCAGGCUCUUGAGUCGAAGGCUCAAAGCGGGGUACCUCAACCAAACCCCCUUUCUUCGCCUUGGCCAACCGGGAAGUAUCAUUCGCCCGUGCUGCCUUUCACCCAUCGGCUUUCCCUAACACUCCCUCCCAUCGAACGACGCAGCGUGAUCAACCCAUCUGACAAUCCCCUGGCCAUAGAUCGGUGUCUAAACCGUCACCCAAAAAAUAAACUAAACCAAAUUGAUUUGCAAAUGAGUGUAUUUCUCGAAAACAGUCCAAUUUGGGUUCAAUGUCUUAGUGGACUGGAUCCCAGUAAACAGACGUCAGUAUGCUGUACGGUUUUUCUGGCUUCAUUAAGAUCAAUGCAGGUUGAUGCGGUAAGUGGUGUUUGUGUGUCGUAUCCGCAUGCGCCCCGACAACCAGCAGUUCUGAGACUGAGAAGGACGAGUUUUAUCAAGAUCUGUUACGGAUGCUUCGGUCAGCAAGAAGGACGGUUGAUAUGA